AUGUCGCCAACGGCGAAAGAGGGUACCCCGGAGGCACAGCCAGCUGAUGGACCGCCAGUGGCACCUCACCCGUCCUUUAUACAGGUCGCCAAUCCUUAUAUAUUUGAAAAAACGGUGCAAGAUUGUUUUGCGUCCACGGGGGUUAACCCUCUCCGGGAAGACAGCAAUCGACUCCAAGGAAUUACCUGGAUAGAUAAUGUCCGAAAAGCGUUGCAUCUGCCUGUCAGGACGUUCAACACAGCGUCAAUUUACUACCACAAAUUCCGGCUGGUUCAUCCGGACAAUGAGUAUAAUUAUAUAGAAGCGGCCGCUGCUGCUCUAUUCACUGCAUGCAAGAUCGAGGACACACUGAAGAAGUCCAGAGAUAUUCUAUGUUGCUCAUAUAAUCUCAAGCUCCCUCCAACGGAGCAAUUAUCUGCAGAUGACCCGAUUUUUGAAUCUCAUUCUCGGUCUAUUAUCGGCCUUGAGAGAUUGAUGCUGGAAUCCUCUGGAUUUGAUUUCCGAAACCGUCAUCCUCAAAAGGUCCUGAUGAAGCUGACAAGACAGUGCGGCCUUGAUAAGGAUUCAAAAGUGGGACGAGUCGCAUAUACUAUCAGCCUGGAUUUGUACAGGACUUUUGCCCCUCUCAAGCAAACCUCCGCUACCAUGGCGUUUGCAUGCCUAGAGCUAGCAGGCAGGCUUCUCGGGGAGCCUGUAGACAAAAUACAUUCAAAGGAAGAAUAUAAGCUAUGGGAAACGUCAAGAGCAGAAGUUAUGGAAACCAUACUCGAUCUACUCGAGCUAUACACACAUAACCGUUCGUCAACAUCCAUUGGCCCCGACUUUAACCUCGACUUGUUCUUAAACAUCCGUAUCCCGUUGAACGAAGAGGCAGACUCCAAUAAGAUCCCACGAUUUGCCUACUGGAAGAAGAGGAAGGCAGAAAGUAAUGGGGUAUCGAACGGGAUCUCCUCGAAGAAAUCCAAAAACAGCCAUCACCGACACAGCAAGGACCACCACGAUACGCCUUCCGCGCCACCGACAAACCCAAUGAUGCCUACUGCCGCCCAUGAUUCUGUUGCAAAAGCCAAUGAACGCAGCCGAGAUACGGCAAUUCGAUUCAUGCUGGAUCCCGAGCAGGCGCAGGCUGAACGCGAGACUGUAGCAGCAUACUUCAAAGUUGAAAUGGAAGAAUAUGAAGUUGAGGAGUGA